AUGAAACGCUCACAGUCACAGGAGAUUUUUUACGUGCCCACCGCCACGACCAGCGCAUCGGCUCUCUCGCGACAUGCAGUCAGCGCCCGAGCACCCGUAACUCGCCCCUCCUCUCCUCCGGCAUCUUCGUACUUUUCUCCCUUUUCUGGUGAUCAUGACGAGGUCCCCAAGCCAACCACUCCUGGAGCCUCAUCGCAUUUUGCGUACAGCACAACUCUGGUGCGUCACCCUCACCGCGAAGGAACAUUAGGGCUCCCGCUGCCCGGAAAUUCGGCCGUUCUUCCGAAAUUGGAGGAGUUACGUGCUGUUGCAGAGUCUGAGGGGGCAACAGGUCUAUGGCAGCGAACUGUAGGCGCGGUCAAGUCGUUUUUUGGGCAAAAAGUCAGCAGUUAUGAUCGGCUCCCGACAACCCAACCGAAGGAAGACCGCAAGGAUACCCCAUCUGCCGUGUUCGCCCACCAUACCAUUGAGGACACGCUCGCCCACUUUGGCGUUUCUCCUACCACCGGCUUGCCAUCGGCAAGUAUUUCAGGGCUGCUCCAGACUCAUGGGUACAACGAGUUUUCGGUGGACGUUCCGGAGCCAUUACUCGUAAAGUUCGCGAAGACGAUCUAUGAGAACCCGCUCAUUCUAUUGCUUUGCGGGAGUGCGACCGUCAGCGCGGUGAUGGGCAACGUGGACGACGCUGUCAGCAUCACCGUAGCCGUGCUCAUCGUUCUCACUGUCGGGUUUGUGCAGGAGCGGCGGUCCGAGCAGAGUCUUGAAGCGCUGAACAAGCUGGUGCCUCACCAUUGUCAUCUCAUCCGAGACGGUCAGCCGUUACAUGUGCUCGCAAACGAGCUCGUACCUGGGGAUAUCGUAACGUUUACGACAGGGGACCGGAUUCCAGCCGACAUCCGGCUAGUAGCUGCCCUCGACCUGGAAAUCGACGAGAGCAGCUUGACAGGCGAGACGACGGCACGUCGGAAGGACAUUGAGCCGUGCAAGCCGGUACUCGGCCCGCCCGGCAGUGCGUUUGUGAACGGCCAUGCAAAUGGAUAUGCCAUGCACGGAGAGCCUGAACCUGUCGCAUUGGCGGAGCGAUCGUGCAUUGCAUAUAUGGGCACGCUCGUCCGGAAUGGCAGAGGCUCGGGCAUAGUCAUCGCCACCGGCACCCAGACCGAAUUCGGUGUCAUUUUCUCCAUGAUGCAAGAGGUGGAAGAAAAGCGUACUCCUCUGCAGCUGAGCAUGGACGAGCUAGCCAAAAAGUUGUCUUUGAUCUCAUUCGGCGUUAUCGGUGUGAUUUGCAUUAUCGGUGUAAUGCAGCAGCGAUCAUGGCUGGACAUGUUUACCAUCGGAGUAUCCCUCGCGGUUGCGGCGAUUCCAGAGGGUCUUCCCAUUGUCACCACCGUGACACUUGCGCUAGGUGUACUUCGCAUGUCGAAGCGCAAGGCGAUUGUCAAGAAGCUGCACUCGGUGGAGGGCCUUGGCUGUGUGUCUGUCAUUUGCUCAGACAAGACAGGGACGCUUACCAAGAAUGAGCAAACUGUACUGGAGAUCUACGUCACCGAUGAACUUGUUCAUGUGCCGAGCGACACGCUUGCUCAAACCCCCCUUUCCCACAGAGCUGCUGUGAACAAGACGCUCGAGAUAGGUGCUCUUUGUAACAACGCUACUGUCAAGGAAGAUGGCACGUUCGUUGGCCAAUCGACUGAUGUGGCACUGCUCAACGUGAUGUCCGCAUUUGAGCAGGGAGAUCCCCGCCUGGAUUUCACUCGACGUUCGGAGCUACCCUUCAACUCAGAGCGCAAAUACAUGGCGAUAAGCGGGGUUCAUAACUCAUCUGCAUCCAUUGUAAAUGGAUCUGCCAGCAAGGACAUCAUCCGUGAGAUGUACUACGUCAAGGGAUCGAUUGAAGCCAUCCUCGAACGGUGCAAAUUCUAUUACGUCUCGGACGAUUCUACUCCUUCGCUCGAUGUUAACACACGGAGCAUCAUCUUGAUGAAAGCUCAGGCAACGGCAUCUCGAGGCCUCCGUGUCAUCGCUGUCGCAUAUGGCUACGGAUCCGCGGAGGCCCCGUCGGCUGCCCGCGCAUCUACUGCGCUUCCCUCAAAUUCGCCGAAGAACAAUCUAGUCUUUGUCGGAUUCCAGGCAAUGCUAGAUCCGCCGAGAAAAGGGGUAGCUGAUGCAAUCAAUCUCCUGCAGAACGGAGGCGUUCAAGUAGUCAUGAUCACGGGUGACGCAGAGGAAACCGCGCUGUCGAUCGCGCGGUCUCUCGGACUCCGCGUGGGCUCGAGGAACAGCGGAUGUCUUACUGGUCGAGAAAUUGACCGCAUGAACAAGACUCAACUCAUGGAGCGUGUCGGUGGUGUGAGUGUGUUUGCGCGAACGACGCCGAAGCACAAGAUGGCAAUUGUAGAGGCGUUCCAGGCGCGCGGUGCGGUCGUCGCUAUGACGGGUGAUGGAGUAAAUGACGCUCCUGCGCUGAAGAUGGCGGAUAUAGGUGUAUCUAUGGGUAAGAGUGGUACGGACGUAGCCAAAGAGGCCGCGGACGUCAUUCUCGUAGAUGACAACUUCAGCACAAUUAUUCCUGCGGUAGAGGAAGGCAAAUCUAUAUUCCAUAACAUUCAAAAUUUCCUCUCAUUCCAGUUGAGCACUGCGGUCGCCGCGUUAUCGCUAAUCACAGUGAGCACGAUGUUUGGACUAAGCAAUCCUUUGAAUGCCAUGCAAAUACUUUUCAUCAACAUUUUAAUGGAUGGACCACCUAGCCAGUCGCUAGGUGUUGACCCCGUAGAUCCUCAAGUCAUGCGUAGACCACCACGAAAGAAAAACGAACCGAUUAUCACUAAGCAGCUGACCAUACGAAUCUUGUUUUCCGCGACCGUGAUAGUCCUUGGAACGAUGUAUAUCUACCUGUAUGCCCUUUCUGACGAUAACAUGUCAAGACGGGAACAAACCAUGACAUUCACAUGUUUCGUUUUCUUGGAUCUCGUCUCUGCCGUACAAAAUCGCGGCUUGGGUUGUGGUAUUCUCCAAAACCGGAUGCUGGUUACGACUGUAUCGAUAUCGUUUCUGGUCCAGUUGACGCUCAUCUAUGUACCCUUCAUGCAGAGCAUCUUCCAAACUGAAGCACUCGGCAUACUAGAUAUCUCCAGAUUAGUGUUGAUUGCUGCAACGUCUAUAGUUUUACACGAAGCUCGACGACGCUAUGAGCGUUCUCUGAGCGCUUCGAUGACAUACGCUGCCGCUGCGGAGGAGAUGGCAUAG